GGGAGCGAGUACGUGACGCGUCAUAACUGCAACCUGGUACGACGAGCCCGCCCACGACGCACCGCGCUCCCUCCCCCAACCUCCCACUGCCUCGCUAAUCGCUAUAACUCCGCGAACCACCGCCCCGCUCCACGACACCGUCCGCCGUCCUACUCUCUCACCAAUGGCCGCCCGCCGCCGCCUCCUGCUACUCCUCCUCGUGCUCGCCCCGGCGCUCUCGCAGACCGCGCUCGGCGUCAGCGGCGGCGGACAGGCCAGGAAGACGUACAUCUUCCGCGUCGACCACCGGGCCAAGCCGUCCGUGUUCCCCACCCACGCGCACUGGUACGCCUCCGCGGCCUUCGUGUCGGCGGCGGCCAGCGCCGGCGGCACGCUCGAGCCCCUCCACGUCUACGACACCGUCUUCCACGGCUUCUCCGCGUCGCUGUCCGCGUCCCGCGCCGAGGAGCUGCGGCGCCACCCGGCCGUGCUCGCCGCGUUCGAGGACCGGGUCCGCCAGCUGCACACCACCCGCUCGCCGCAGUUCAUGGGCCUCCGCGCCCGCCUCGGGCUGUGGUUCCUCGCCGACUACGGCUCCGAUGUCAUCGUCGGGGUGCUGGACACCGGCGUGUGGCCCGAGCGCCGGAGCCUGUCGGAUAGGAACCUACCGCCCGUCCCCGCCCGGUGGCGCGGCGGCUGCGACGCCGGGCCGGCGUUCCUGGCGUCCUCCUGCAACAAGAAGCUCGUCGGCGCGCGGUUCUUCUCGCAGGGCCACGCCGCGCACUACGGCGUCGAUGCGGCGGCGUCUAACGGGUCCGUGGAGUACAUGUCGCCGCGCGACGCCGACGGGCACGGGACGCACACGGCCACCACGGCCGCCGGGAGCGUGUCCUACGCGGCGAGCAUGGAGGGGUACGCUUCCGGGGUCGCCAAGGGCGUCGCGCCCAAGGCCAGGGUUGCCGCGUACAAGGUGUGCUGGAAGGGCGCCGGCUGCCUCGACUCCGACAUCCUGGCUGGCUUCGACCGCGCCGUCGCGGACGGCGUGGACGUCAUCUCCGUCUCCAUAGGCGGCGGCAACGGCGCGGUGUCGCCGUUCUAUAUUGACCCAAUUGCCAUCGGCUCGUACGGUGCCGUUUCGCGGGGAGUGUUCGUGGCCACCUCUGCGGGAAACGAAGGGCCCGCUCCCAUGUCAGUGACCAACCUCGCCCCGUGGAUCGCCACCGUGGGCGCCGGCACCAUCGACCGCAACUUCCCCGCCGAGAUCGUGCUCGGCGACGGGAGGCGCAUGUCAGGGGUGUCUCUCUACUCCGGCAAGCCCCUGGCCAACAACACAAUGCUGUCUUUGUACUACCCCGGGAGGUCAGGUGGGCUGUCAGCUUCGCUGUGCAUGGAGAACUCCAUCGACCCGUCGCUUGUGGCCGGCAAGAUUGUCAUCUGCGACCGCGGCAGCAGCCCACGCGUGGCCAAGGGGAUGGUCGUCAAGGAAGCCGGUGGCGCGGCGAUGGUUCUGGCCAACGGGGAGGCCAACGGCGAAGGUCUGGUAGGGGACGCCCACGUCCUCCCAGCUUGCUCGGUGGGCGAGAACGAGGGCGACGCGCUCAAGGCAUACGCUGCCAACACCACCAACCCGACCGCAACAAUUGUCUUCCGGGGCACGGUCAUCGGCGUCAAGCCGGCUCCCCUGGUGGCCUCCUUCUCGGCGCGCGGGCCCAACGGACUCGUCCCGGAAAUCCUCAAGCCCGACUUCAUCGCCCCCGGCGUCAACAUCCUCGCGGCGUGGACGGGCGCCACCGGCCCAACCGGCCUGGAGGCCGACGCCAGGCGGACGGAGUUCAACAUCCUGUCGGGGACGUCGAUGGCGUGCCCGCACGCGAGCGGCGCCGCCGCGCUGCUCCGGUCCGCGCACCCCAGGUGGUCGCCGGCGGCCAUCCGGUCGGCGCUGAUGACCACGGCCAUCGUGACCGACAACCGCGGCGGGGCCGUGGCGGACGAGGCCGAGCCCGGGCGCGCCGCGACGCCGUUCGACUACGGCGCGGGGCACAUCGCGCUGGGCAAGGCCCUGGACCCGGGGCUGGUGUACGACGCCGGGGACGAGGACUACGUGGCGUUCAUGUGCAGCAUCGGGUACGCGGCCAACGCGAUCGAGGUGAUCACGCACAAGCCCGUGGCGUGCCCGGCCGCGACGGGCAGGAAGCCGUCGGGGUCGGACCUGAACUACCCGUCCAUCUCCGUGGUGCUCUACGGCGGCAACCAGUCGAAGACGGUGAUCCGCACGGCGACCAACGUGGGCGCCGAGGCGUCCGCGACGUACAAGGCGCGCGUGGAGAUGGCGAGCGGCGGCGCGUCGGUGGCGGUGAAGCCGGAGAAGCUCGUCUUCUCCCCGUCCGUGAAGAAGCAGAGCUUCGCGGUGACGGUGUCGGCGGCGGCCGCGCCAUCCACCGCGGCGCCGGUGCACGGGCACCUCGUCUGGUCGGACGGCCGCGGGCACGACGUCCGGAGCCCCAUCGUGGUGACGUGGCUGCAGCCCAUGUAAUUGACAAGUGGGGGCACGCCCGGUCCGAGAGCGGUUGCGAUAAGGCAGUGGGCGUCGGGCGAGUGAGCAGAAGUCAGAGAGAGUUGGACUGCGGUGGUAACGGUUGCGGUCGGGUUUGCUGCGCAUUGAAGGUGGCAGGGCGCAGUAGUUUAAUUACGUAGGGCCUUUUUCUCUGCUGCGAUUGAUUAUUAAAGCGCGGGCAGUGAGAUACUCGUAGAGUACAGUGACAGCAGUGUGUGUGCAGCAGUUUGUUUGCUUUCGCGGGCAACGCUAGUUGCCGCGGGAGCAACGGAAAGAAAGGGCCAAACAUGACAAAACCGGAGAUAUUCUAGUAUUGUUACUGUAGCUCGAGUGUAACUUUUAUGUAGCAGCUGCUGCCAAUUGUGAUCCAAUCUGAUAACGCGACUGUUGUUACUGUA